AUGCUUGGGGAGGAAGGAACGAAUGCAGCAGCAGACACAGCAGCAGCAGCAGCAGCAGCAGCAGCAGCAGGAGAAAGUGCUGAUGCUGAGGCAGCAGCAGCACGAAAGCAGCUGCUGCUGCAGCAGCAAAGACAACGCAGCAGCAGACUAGAAAGCUUUCGUUGUGCUGUCGAAGCAGCAGGGUUUGGGGCCAUGAUUAAAACUGCGCAUGCAGCAUUCGUCUCCAGCCAAAGAGAAUUUCUAGGUGACACACAGCAGCAGCAGCAGCAGCAGCAGCAGCAGCAGCAGCAGCAGCAGCAGCAGUAG